AAUUUAUAUGUGGUGUGUCAUGAUUUUUCAAUUACGGAAAUUACCGGAAUUAACCGAUUACAAGUGGGCAGGAACCGAAAAUGGCAGAUUUACUAAAUGAUCAACCUCCACAAGAAGAGGACCCAGCGGCUGCUUUUCUGGCCGAACAGAAUGAGCAAUUAGCUGGUCUUGAAGAUGACAGCUCAGAUGCCGCCCCGGUGCAGCAACAAGCCGGAUCUGGAGACUUUGAUGCAUUCGCAGCCCCAGCAGCUUCUGAAGAUGCAAAUGUACAGGAUAUGUUUGGCUUCACUCCACCAGCUGAUGAUCAACAACAAGCGACAUCUGGUGGUGGACUAUUAAAUGAUGAUAUUGGCGGAGGUUUUGAUCCAAUGGCAGCCAAUGCUGAGGGUGAUGCUCAGUCUGGUGUUGUAACUGAAGAUCUUGGCAAUGAUGUUGGGGGUUAUGAUGCCUUCUCAUCUGACGCACCACAAGAAAAUGGUCCAUCUGAUGCAUACUCAGCUAUUUCUCAAAUAGAUGUUGAAAGAAAGGAGCCUGAAAAAAUAAUCCUCUGGCGUGAAGAACAAAAAGAAAGGUUACAACAAAAAGACGUAGCAGAAGAAAAAGAAAUUGACGAGCUUCGUCAAGUUGCUAAGAAAGAACUAGAGGAUUGGUACAAACAUCAUACAGAGCAAGUUGAAAAAACGAAAGAAACAAACAAGGUUGAGAACAAAGCUUCAGAGGCUGCAUUUGUGGAAGAGCGAGAUGAAACAUCUUCCGAUGGCCAAUGGGAGAGGAUAUGUCGAUUGUGCGAGUUUAAUCCAAAAACUACUAAAAUGACAAAGGACGUGUCUCGUAUGCGUUCCAUUUUACUGAACCUGAAGCAGACACCCCUUGUUCGUUAAUGAUCACUAAAAGGACAUUUGCAUCCAUCUUGUAAAAGACUUCAUGUUCUUCGAUGUUAAAGUUAGAAAAACAUUUGGAGAAAUUUUUCGUAAAAAUAAGAGCAUAUUCCAUCAAUGCCAGAGUGAAAACUAGCUAUACAUUUUUGAAAAAUAACUGUCAUGAUUUUUGCAAGUUUGGAUCGACUGACUUCAUUAUAAUUCCAUUAGCAUAUAGAGUAAAACAAGUUCAAAAUGUCUGCUAGUCCAGGACUUCUCCAAUUUAUAACCACAUGUUUAGCAAGUGUAAGAAGUAUUGGCAUUACAACCUUCAUAGUAAGAAAACAGUAUGACCCUCCGAGGUUUUAAAUAUCACUUUAUCCAGAAUAUUAUUCCUGUCAUCUCAAUUUUCUCAUAAGGAUUCCUUUUCUGUCACUUAAUGUUGUGAUAUUGCAUGUAAAAGUUGUAUUGUACAGUAGGCGCAAUAAAUAACAUUGGAGAUAUUCCAAUAUAAAUUAUAAAUAAA